CCGGUGACGCAGGCCACCUUUCGGCUGACGCAUGCGCAGAGGCUGAGUGUCGCUGCACCAGCAGGAGUCCAGGCAGCCACGGGGGACGCGGAGCUGUCGUUUUGUUUAUUUCACACAAGAUAAACUUUCCCCAAACAUGUCGGGAUUUGACAGCAACCCCUUCGUGGAUCCGGUGGACGUCAACCCUUUCCAGGAUGCUUCAGUCACACAAGCCACCAGCGGAGCGACUGAAACCGUGGGGGAGUUCAACCCGUUUUCAGCAGGUGGAAUGGGAAAUCACACCGCCACCACCAUCCCCAUGUCUGCUGCCUCAUCUCAACCUGCUGUACUACAGACCUCUGUGGAGCAGAGUCCACAAGCAACUGCGGCCGCUGCCCAGGCCAACCUGAUCAAACAGCAGGAGGAGCUGGAGAGGAAAGCGGCUGAGCUGGAGCGGAAGGAGCAGGAGCUGCAGAACAGGGCGACCAGGGGGCUGAACACUGGAGUCAGGGAAAACAACUGGCCGCCUCUGCCCAAGUUCUUCCCGGUGAACCCCUGCUUCUACCAGGAUUUUGAGCAGGACAUCCCUGAGGAAUAUCGCACAGUCUGCAAGAGAAUGUACUACCUCUGGAUGUUCCACAGCGCCACUCUCUUCCUGAACGUGCUGGCCUGCCUGGCUUACUUCACAGGAGAUGCGAAGCAUGGCGUGGACUUUGGUCUGUCCAUCCUCUGGUUCGUCCUCUUCACCCCCGUCUCCUUCAUCUGCUGGUACCGGCCCGUCUACAAGGCCUUCAGGUCUGACAGCUCCUUCAGCUUCUUUUUCUUCUUUUUUGUGUUUUUCUUCCAAGUGUCAGUGUACAUCAUCCAGACUGUGGGGAUCCCCAGCUGGGGCAACAGUGGAUGGAUCGCAGCGAUCUCCAUGAUCGGCCACAACCUGGCCGUGGCCGUGGUCAUGAUGGUGGUGGCAGGCUUCUUCACCGUGAAUGCCGUCCUGGCUGUCAUCCUGCUGAAAAUGGUGCACUCCAUGUACCGCAGGACGGGGGCGAGUUUCACCAAGGCCCAGCAGGAGUUCUCGCAGGGAGUCCUGACCAACCGGACCUUACAGACGGCGGCAGCCAGCACCGCCUCCUCCGCCAUGCAGGGAGCCUUCCAGGGGAACUAAGACCCUUCACGCCUGCAGCUCGUCUCUUCCUCCAGCAGCGCACCACUGAGGUCAUGUCCCCGUACUCUUCAGCGGCUUCUUGUUCAUGGUUUGGGUUUGCUUAUUUAUUGAAAUGAUGAAAAAAAAAAAGGAGCCACUUGUGAACAGGACUUUUUAGCUGGUUAAUCUGUGCCUAGGUCUGCACAUAUCGGCUUACCAGGCUGAUGCAAAGGAUGGCAACCGAGUGGUGAUGCAAUGCAAAGAAUGGCAAUAACGCAGUUGCCAAGUGAGAUGUCUCCACUCUGAAUGCACCAACAAUUUGAAGGGUUGGGUUACACUAAAGUUUAAACGGCAACAUCACUACUGGUUCAGUCAUUUUACUGUUGAAUUUGGCUGUUUGUAAAAAGUACAACUAGCAUGGUUUUCUGUAUCUUAAAGCAAGCCUGUCUGCAAAGCUCCACCUGUUUUGCACCCUCAGCUGAAUGCAGCAUCUGCUUUCUGGAAGGCAGUCAAAAGUGAUUCUGGGAUACACAGGGAAUCUCCAGCUGAAGCAGAAAUCGGCCAGGCAAGUUGAAAGAAAGUGGGUGCAGCAGAAAAGUGAAUUACACCAGUGAAAGCGGUGCAGUAGUGAAAAGGGCUGAUGUUUGCUUACAUUUAUCGAAAUCCUGUCUUUUUUUUUUUUUUUGGUCUGUGGGUGCAAGAACACUGCUGAAAAGUAUGAGGAUGGUGCCGUCUCUCUGUGUUCCACUACAAAAUAACAUGAAGGGCUAAAGACUUUCAACCUUUUGCCUGCACAGAAAGUUUGAAAUACAUGAACUCAAACUUGACAUGAGAAUGUGGUGCUGCUGGUGGAUAAUGAAUCACUGUUAUGAUGUACUAAUCAUUUAACAGCAUCAUUGCAGGAGCGUGUGGGAUUGUGAAAGGCAGGGGUUUUCAGAGUCCGAGCCUGUGGGCCUCCCCUCCAACAAACUAAACUCUCUCUUUAACCAAAUGACAGAUAUUUAUGCAAUUACACUGCACGGUCUCCAUUUAAUAAACAAAAAAAAUCUGUUUAAUAGAAAUCCAUCAUGAACAUCCUUUUCACCAUCGGUCUCUUGAGACAUACCUACCUCCCACUUUGAAAACCUCUUGUCUCAUUCUGCCUUAUACACACUUAAAUACUCUUUAAAAUGCUAUGCUGUGAUUGCUUUUCUAAGAGAGCCCAUUUCUGCCACAUGAAAAAAUAAAAAAAUGGCUAAAUUGCUUGUUACGACUGAGGCAUAAUGUGGCGCAAAUGUGACUUUUUUUUUCUCAGUACAUAAAAACACAUUUUAGCCGUUUGUUAUUUUUUCAUGUGGCGGAAACAGGCUUCCGUACUUUCCUACUUGAUGUCCUCUCAGGAAACCGACACUUUCUUUGGGACGCAGGCUGAAAACUGAAUGGAAGUGAGAAUCAAAGGUCAUUAUUGUUUUAUAAUGUUACAUCACUCAUCAAAAAAAAAAAAAAAAAAAAGUCUGAAUGUACUCAUCACUGCUCAAAACUAUCCAGUGGUGAUUAUUAUUUUUUUUAAUGUUUUUGUUACUACUGUAGGAUAAGCUGAUUGUUAAUGAAGGGUGACGGGAUGAAGGGUUUUCUCUGCUGUUGUUUAAUCAGGUUACUGAACUAGAUGAAGUCACACAAAGACUCUGAGAUGGUCACAUGAAGACAUUAACUAUUUAUCUGAAACGGUGCAUUGACAGGAAUACUGGGAUAAUAUGUAAUCAUUAUUAUUAUUAUUGUUAUUAUUAUUAUCAUAUCGUACUAUUUUCUGCCAUAGUUUGGAUCCUUAUUUUGAUAGCGUUAAAGGCUGGGUGGUGCUUUAUGUUUGUGAAGCUGCUGUAGGGUAGACUACCGAAGAGACGACCCAAGUAAUGACGUGCUAGAGAAAAUAGAAUAAAGAAUUAAAUGUAAUAAAGAAUUAAUGAGCUGAAAGAACAUUUGAUUGAUCUGUUGACGGUGACCAGUUUGCCUAAAGUGAUUUUGAGGCCAUAGGCAUUUCAGUGCAGAGUAACGUCACCGCAGCACUGGAAGAAAGAAAGCAGGCAUGGUACUGUUCUGUAUUUACACUGGCUACUAGAUAGAUAUCUGUAUCUUAUCAUAGUUAUCUUUUAAUUAGCUAUUUAUUUACACUAUUGACUGGGAGUACACGGUCAAACUCAGAUUUCUCCCCUUGCCGUCUCAGUCUAAAUCACUGUGCUUUGACAGGUGUAACCUCAGUGCCUUUAAGUAGAUGUACCAAUAUUUGUGUGGGGAUGUUGGUGCAUGGACAGAAGUUGUUAGUUUGUCAUGGGUUUGUUUGCUUUAUCCCUCCUCUCCUCUACAAUGUCGAUUGUUUUUGUCAUUCUUUUGAGAGAAAAAAAAUGUUUUAUGCCGAGUUUUCAUUUGACUUGUGUAUUAAAAUGUGUUGUACAUAUCUGUGACUUAUUUAAAAUACCUUUUAUUAUAGACGGGGGAAACGUAGCUGUUGGAAACUGGUUCUUGUCGACUUUUAUUCAAUUAAUUGAUAGAUCUGAAGACUGGAACUUUGUUUAAUCUAAGUCAAGAAAGAUAAAUGUCUUUGGUGUUAU